AUGAUGGGGGAAUCAUCUAGCUGGAGUGAAGAAAUGCUGAAAAGCAGGGGGCCGCCAAAUGCUGACAAUACGCAUGUUCAGCGUAGGCAAAGCUUUGGUCCUAAUGCUUCUCAAGGACAUGAACGCCAGGCUGCAACUUCCAUCCCUCACACUGCACGUGCAUAUGAACCGAGAGACCCAUCCCAGGAAGUAAACAGCUCGAGGAAGCUACAAAGUAAUGCAGCAGUUAGCGCAAAAAAUGAGGAGCCUGAUUCUUUGCAGAGGGCUCCCUGUGAUCAAGAUGGGAAUGCGUGUGAUGCCAAGCCCGUAACAUUUGUAGUUCACGCAGCUCCAGCUGUGGACCCUCUCAUAGGUGAAGUAUUCGUGUGCCCGCAAACUCUGGAAGCUGUUUGCUUGAGCCGAAUGUUCGGCCUUCCUAUGGUUAUCACAUGGGAAAAGAUUCCCACUCCAUCUUCACCGCAACUCUGGGGAUCUCCCAGACAUUCCUGGUGGCCACUGGAAGGUGAUGGCCCCGCACUUCCCGCUGCUGUACACCCGAAGACAGGCGCCUUAUUAAGUGGUAUCCAGCUGAUCGAGACUUUAAGGUCGUUUGCCCAUGCUCAUAUGCGUGACCAGACAGUAGACGGAGUUAACUGCUGCCAAGCUGUCCCUGACGAGCCUGGGAACGGACCGAUGAACGCAGAGUAUAGAGAUGCAAGAGGAGGCAGCUUACCUGAUGAUGUUCUUUGCAUUGGAAAUUGCGACGCGCACACUUGUGAAUCAGUGGAGAAGGCGACUCGUCUCGCAGUCACUGAGCUUUUGCAGCAGGCUGUCCAGACAGCCUUGUGCUUCUACUUGUGGAAGGAUGAGGCAACGUUUCGCUGUUUUACGAGACCUCUGUACAAAAAUACAUUAGGUUUUGUGCACGGGAGCUACUACUGCUGGGUUAUGAAACGCAGUGCUUGCAGUUCGCGACUAGCUUGUAGAAGCCCCUGUGCAUCACCAGAGGAUUUGAAACGGCAGUUCCCGAGCUGUGUAGACAGCGAUUCGACAAACGACUUGGUUACAUUGGAAGAGCUCUUGGUCAUUGACAAGCUCCGGAGGGCCCUCCGCGUUGUUGAGCAGCUGCUGCAGGGGAAGCAGUAUUUAGGAGGGUACAAGGCGAGUGCGCUGGACGCUCUUGUUUUCGCACACCUGGCAAUUCUGUUUUCUUUACCGCUACCUGAUCACCGAGAGCUGCAAGCUCUGCUUUUGAAUAAGGGGAGCUUGCUUCAGUACUGCCGUAGGGUGCAGGAGGUUUACCGUAUUUGGCCAGAAGGGCCCUCGUUUCUUUUUGGUGUCUUGUCGCUUUCUGACGUGGCACGAGGAGCCUCACUGCGUGUGCAUUCUUGGCGACAGAAGCGAAUCAAUGCACUUUAUGGGAGUUAUGACGACGAUGAGGAGGCCAGCAAAGAAUGGGACAUGCAGCGCUUUUUGUGGUGGUUGGGCUCAGCUGCCAUGUGCGCUGCUUUGCUUCUAGUUGCGGGCAAGACUCCCUUUCGCCUGACGCAGAAGCAGCUUCAGAGGGACUGUGAGGUUGUUGAUGAAACUGCCGAUUAG